AUGGUCAAGUCGUACAGCAAGUAUGAACAGACCGACGCGUUCGGUGUGGUCGCGACGGCCACCUCCAACAUGGUAUGGACUCCCGACGGUCUCGUCCAGCCUGGAUCCAGCCGGCAUGCGGGUGCUGGCCGCGCAUACGCCGCUGCCAACGAAGAAGUACUUUGCUGGGACGUGAAGAAGGGCGAACUGCUGAGCAGGUGGCGAGACAAUACCUGCACGGAAGAGGUCACUGUCAUAUGUCGGAGCGACAUCGACCAGGACGUUUUCGCUGUGGGCUAUGCGGACGGUAGCAUACGGAUCUGGGAUGCGCGCACGUCGACUGUCGUCAUCAGCUUCAACGGACACAAAUCAGCCGUCACAACAUUGACUUUUGACCAGACGGGAGUGCGCCUAGCCAGUGGUGCAAAAGAUACAGACAUUGUGAUAUGGGACCUAGUGUCCGAGACUGGCCUGUUCAAGUUGAGGGGGCACAAGGGCCAGAUCACCGGAUUGCACUUCAUACACCCUGGCGCGGCGCCUCAGGAAGAUGGUGGUGAGGUUCAAGACACGAACAUGGACACCGACCAGGCAUAUCUCCUCUCCACCAGUAAAGAUGCAUUGAUCAAGAUCUGGGACGUCACAACGCAACACUGCAUCGAGACUCACAUUGCACAGACCAAUGGGGAGUGCUGGGCAUUAGGAGUCCAGCCAGAUGGUAGCGGCUGCAUCACAGCAGGCAGUGAUGGUGAGCUGAAAGUAUGGGCCAUUGACUUGACUGGACUCCGCAAAGCAGCAACUACCAUCGGCGAUGCAACAGAACAAAGCUACCUCACAUCGAGAGGCCUGCUGUAUCGGACAGGAAAGGACAGAACGCAGGGAAUCUCUUUCCACAAUAAGUCCGGCUACAUUGCGGUGCACGGUGCAGAGAAGGCAGUCGAGCUUUGGCGAAUAAAGAGCGAAGAGGAAGUCCGGAAAGCGUUGAUCAGAAAGAGGAAGAGGAGGCGUGAAAAGGCAAAACACGAAACCAACGGCGAAGCACCUGAAGAUGUGGAUGGAGAGGAGAAAGUCCAUCUCGCAGACGCGGAAAUCAGUGACAUCAUCGUUCCAUAUGUCACUGUACGCACAGCGGGCAAGGUCAGAUCAGUGUCGUGGAUGCGUAUAAGAGGGAACAAGAAACUCCAACUAUUGGUUGGCACCAACAACAACCUCAUUGAAGUUUACGAAGUACCCACGAGAAGCAAAACCAAGUCAGACGAUGUGCCAGACUACAGCAGAACCUUGUCAGUGGAGCUUUCUGGCCAUAGAAACGACAUACGUGCAUUGGCACUCAGCUCAGACGACCGUAUGCUGGCAUCUGCAUCAAGUGGUGGCUUGAAAAUUUGGAACGUCAAGACGCAGAAUUGCCUGCGAACCUUGGAAUGUGGAUACGCCCUGUGCUGCGCCUUCUUACCUGGUGAUAAGAUCGUAGUGGUGGGCACAAAGGAUGGCGAUAUUGAACUAUACGAUAUUGCAGCCUCCUCUCUACUCGACAAGAUUCCAGCACACGAAGGCGCGGUUUGGACAAUGCAGGUCCAUCCGGAUGGAAAAUCACUCAUCACCGGUAGCGCAGAUAAGACUGUCAAAUUCUGGAACUUUGAGAUUGUACAGGAAGAGAUUCCUGGUACCAAGCGCACGACACCUCAGCUCAAGCUUAUACAGUCACGCAUACUAAAAGUUAAUGAUGACGUUUUGAGUAUCCACUUCUCCCCGGAUUCCAGACUGCUCGCCGUUGCAACUCUGGACAACACAGUCAAGGUAUUCUUUGUUGAUUCGCUUAAGCUAUUCCUCAACCUGUAUGGUCACAAGCUACCCGUCCUCAACAUGUCAAUAUCUAGUGACAGUAAACUCAUUGCAACAUGCUCGGCCGAUAAAAAUGUUCGAAUCUGGGGUCUUGAUUUUGGUGACUGUCACAAAGCCCUCUUCGGCCACGAAGACAGCAUCAUGCAAAUUUCUUUCAUCCCGCAUCCCGUUGACACCGAUGAACGACACAUCUUCUUCAGCGCCAGCAAAGACCGCACAAUCAAGAGCUGGGACGGCGAUAAAUUUGAGCAAAUCCAGAAGUUCAAGGGUCAUCAUGGCGAGAUUUGGGCCAUGACCGUCGCCCGAACAGGCGACUUCAUCGUCACAGCCAGUCACGACAAGAGCAUACGCAUUUGGACGCGGUCUGACGAACCAAUCUUUCUUGAAGAAGAGCGUGAGCGUGAAUUGGAAGACAUGUAUGAAAAAACACUCGCCACUUCUCUUGAAGAUGAAGACAACCUCAACGGUGACCGUGCCGAAGCAGUCGACGCAUCCAAACAGACUAUUAGCACCCUCACGGCCGGUGAGCGCAUUCAAGAAGCACUAGAUCUCGGCAUCGAAGACUUAGAAGUUGUUCGAGACUGGGAAGCGCAGCGCAGACUCAACCCAAAAAUGGCUCCACCGCAGCGGAAUCCGUUGUACCUUGCCUUGGGAAAUAUAUCAGCAGAACGCCACGUUCUCAACACCUUGUCCAAGAUACCUGCUGCACAACUCCAUGACGCGCUUCUCGUUCUUCCAUUCGCAUCACUACCCGCUCUUUUCACCUUCAUAGCCUUGUGGGUCCAGAAACAAUGGAAUGUCACUCUUACCUGCCGCGUCCUCUUCUUCAUGCUGAAGACGCAUCAGAAACAGAUUGUUGCGAGCCGGGAGCUGAAAACAGUGUUGGAAAACAUGAGAGCGGAGCUAAGGAAGACGUUAGUGGGGAAUAAAGAUCAGAUCGGAUUCAAUGUGGCUGCACUGAGGUAUGUGAGCGAAAGAGUCGAUGAGGCGAGGUUUGUGAGACUGGAGGAUAUGGAGGCAGAGGAGAAGGAGAGGAUUGGAGGGAGGAGGAAGAGGGCAUUGCUUGGCAUUGUGGGCGUAGGCUAUCAUCCUCUCUUACCACAGCCAUUUCCCUUUCCAAAUACACGUUUCUCUCUUUCAAUUCCCUCACCCACACCCGCCAACCUCACCAGGGCCGCCCGGCGUCCUUCACCCAGCAAGGAACUUCAGACUCAUGCCGUGACCGGCUCGUGUAUCACUAAGGCGAAGAGCAUGGACAGCAUCCAGCGUCUCAGCAAUGGGGUCAUCGACAUGGAUUCCAAGGGUGAGAGGGAGCUCGAACUCUUGGAACAGAACGCGAGGGACUCACCACUUCUGCGUUUGCCGGCCGAGAUCCGGAACCAGAUCUGGCAGUUGGCCCUCAGCGGUCAUACGCUCGAGAUUGGGAGUGAGGGCCUGAGGCCUCUCCCCAAGAUCAAGGGCAAAAAUUGCCCGAGGCAGUGCUUUGCACUCCUCCAGACCUGUUGCCAGGUGUACAUUGAGACGGCGUUGCUGCCAUACCAGGCUAACACCUUCGUGUUCAGCAAGUUCGCCGCACAGGCGAUGGAUCAGAUGAAGGGCUACGCCCACGACAGCAUCAAGCAGAUUCGUCUCGAGUGUGAGCCGUACUCACGCUGGGACAAUCGCGAGGACGAAGUGGGUGUUUUGGGCGUCUCCCUACGGGGUCUAUCUCGUGAGUUGAAGCAGGUAGUUGUGGUUGUGUCCACGGGUGCGAUCGAUGAGCAAGGUGAGAUUGCUAGUGACGUGGAGCAGGUGUCGCUCUUGCCAGUAACGCGUCUCACCUUCACCAACAGGUCUCUUCCUUUUCACCGUUUCCCCCCUCCACCUCCCAACAUCUGCAUCGGUACAACCACACCAGCAGCCAUGGCGCCCAAGAAAAGCGCAGCCAAAGAACUCCCAUCCAGCAAAGAACUCAUUGAUGCUCGGGUUGAGAAGUCCAAGCGCAAGUACAAGCCUGUCCGUCGCUUUGAGAACGGCAUAUUGGACGUUGAGCGCAAGAGUGGAAAGUACAGCAAGAUUACAAAGCAGAAUGCUCGGCCGCCUUUGCUUUGCCUGCCGUCUGAAAUUCGGACUCAGAUCUGGCAAUUGGCAUUAGUUGGGACAGAGCUGAACGCAUGGCUUCAUCAUGGGCGAAUCUGCACGGUAAAUCAAUACACACGUACAGACAAGAGCCGACAAGAGCCAAAGUAUAGCCUUGCCCUUCUACGCACAUGCCGCCAGAUCUACGCAGAGGCAAUAUGCUACCCCUACCAACGCAACAUGCUCAACAUCCUUGAUGGUCAACACAACAAAAAGACAAAGACAAAGGACUUACCCCAAUACGUGCGAGACAACAUCAUGGAACUCCAGUUCAGCAAGUGCCUGGAAUCACGUCGCUUGAGAAAAUCUGCAAGAUACUCUCGUCCACCUAUAACAAAGAUCUUCGGCAGUUUGAGACGUGUCGUUAAAAGAAUCUAUCUUCACGAGCCCAAGAGGGAUGGGCGUCUAUAUCGUUGGAUAGAAAUCACUGGGGAGGCCCGGCAAUUUUUAUUGGAUAUGUUCAUGAGGAAGUACAAAGAUAUUGAUGAGAUUGUCGCUGAUGCAUGUGCUUGUGAUCGAAUCGGGAUUGACCUUCUGAACGGUAAGAAGAGCAUUCCAAGAAGUAUAGGCAGCCCUAGCGAUUUGGUAUGGUAUAAACCGGAACAUCAGAGGGAAAUUGCCCAAUACCAAGUCUAUCUUGCAAUGUAUGCUGGCGAAAUGCUCUCUCAAUGGUUUUGUGACAAUGAGCUCAAUUGUAAACUUCAGUCUACUUCCUCCCGUCCAAACUUUCCAUCUUCCGGUCUCCACCAUCCUAUUCCCACACCCAAUCAUAUAUCUACAUCCCAAUCACAUACCCACACCCAAGCAGAUAACAUAGCCCCCAAAAGACACACGCCCUCAACUCAACCAAAACCUGGCCUAUCGUCCAGCUCCAUUGCAAUCAAGAAAAGGAAGCGCUACCCUCCCGUCCGACGAUUCGACAACGGCCUACUAAACGUCGAGCGUAAGAGCGGGAAAUACUUCAAAAUCUGCAAACAAAACAUCGCUUCCCCUCUUCUCCGUCUCCCCCCUGAAAUCCGGAACCAAAUCUGGCAGCUCGCCCUCGGUGGUAACAAGUUCUACAUAGACUAUAGGGCUACCAAGGUCAUGGUUGCCAAACCGACAGGUCCGGCCCCCAACACUUGUGGCGUGGCCCUCCUCCGAGCAUGCCGCCAGAUCUACGCGGAAGCCAUGCUGUAUCCUUACACUUACAAUUGCUUCUUCACCUACCCUAAAUCAUGCGUGUACUUGUUGCUUCGGCCACUGCCACCGACCGGCGUGAAUAUGAUUUGUGAUAUUCAUAUUGAGUUGAGGUACUGGCUGUUACAAGGCACUUUAGGUCUUCCUUUUAUGUCCUACCGCGUGGCUGACUUGGUGGAACGGUUGCCGCGGUUGAGACUUGUUGUUUUGGAUUUCUCAGUGAACUGUGCGAGGCUGCGUGCGGCCAUCGAACAGAGGUGGAGGAAGGAGAACAUCGAUCAGAGGAUCGAGAAGAGGCGGUACAUCGGAGAACAUAAGCUUCUUCGUGAUCAUUACAUGGAAGUCAACCAGAAGAAGUCAAUCAAGUCGCAACGCUCACAGAAAGUUACCCACGCUGGCCAUUCGGGCUGUCAGUUCGAGAACGGUAUGCUGAAGACCAAGCGCAUGACGCGUGACAAAGAUAACCCAGAUAUGGGAGCAUGUCCUCGGAGACAAAAUAUUCAGCAUCGAGCGUACAGCAAAUUUCCGCCACAGAAAUGUUGUAAAUCUCACAACCCAAUCGAUCCUGAGGACAAACCUGCUGACAGAUUUAUACGAAAGCGAAUAUACUACCAUAUCAUGCCAGUGUAUCCAAGAGUGCCAAAAUCACCUGCUUCGAUUGGUUCCGCAGACUUCAUUCCUUCGGACAGAACAGCAUUAAUCACAUGA